AUGGCUGAACCAAAGUCAGUAGCGAUUAUAGGAGCUGGCAUAUUUGGUCUUUCGUUAGCGGUGGCUCUUCGCGACCGAGGUCACCAUGUUACCGUAUUCGAGCGCUAUAGAUAUGAUCAAAAUGCAUACGAUGCAAGCGAUGAUGAUAUACAAGCCGCAUCGGUAGACCACAACAAGAUUUUCCGAGCGUCUUACGGAAAGGAACUUCACUAUCAGCGUCUCGCCAUGGAAGCGCGGAAAUUUUGGAUCGCAGAGGACCAGAAUCGCGGCUUUUCACAGCAGGCUCCUGCGUCUGGGGAACAAAGGCUUUUCGUCAACAGCGGAAUGCUGCGUGUGCAGCCAACGGAUCACCUUGGAGCAUUGGAGAAAGAGUCUCUCGCCAACCUGGAGCGCGACGGUUUCCGAGAUACACAAUUCGUCAAGAGCAGCGCCGAGGAUCAACAACGUGCGGAUCAUCUAGGGUGGAAGGACAAAUUGCUUGAUUUCGGGAUCCCAGAUGUCACCCCUGCUAGAUCUUAUGAGGCCGUACUUGAUUCAACGGCCGGGUUCUUGAGGUGCAGUAAUGCCUGUGCUCAUUACCAGAAAGUUGCGACUUCGACGGGGGUUCAAUUUCACUUUGGACAGGAGAAAGGUGCUGUGGAAUCGAUAGUGAAAGAGCUCAGUGCUGCUGAGCCCAAUAAAGAAAAAGCGACUGGACUGAAGACAAAAGACGGCGUUUUUCACAAAGCCGAUGUUGUGGUGGUUGCUGCUGGAUCCUUCUCUACGCAAGUUUUACCAAGCCUGAGCUACCACCUCGAGUCCUCCGCUGGAAGCUUAGCCACAUUCAAGAUUGACUCAAAUCAUAGGGAGCUUUGGGACAAGUAUUCCCCUGAAAAAUUCCCGGUUUUGACAUGGAAAAGCACUCCUCGAGACUCGACGGGCCGAGACACCGGGAGCAUCUAUGUCUUGCCUCGAACCCCUGAAGGUCUGGUCAAGGUGGGAUAUCGUGGACUCAAGUUCACCAAUUUUAGACCUGCGCCUGAUGGCACGCCUUUCACCCAGAAUGGAAUGUGGUCGGUGCCGCUCCCACCAAACGAAUGCAUUUCACUACAAGAACAAGCUGUCUAUGCUAUUAGGCAGUUUGUAUCUAUUUUCCUCCCGGAGUUUGACACUGUACCAUUCCACUCUACCAAACUCUGCUGGUAUACGGACUCCUUGGACAAUUCCUUUGUGAUUGAUUAUGUCCCUGAUUAUGCGGAAAACUCUGUCUUUGUCUGCACAGGGGGCAGCGGCCAUGGGGCCAAAUUUCUACCUAUUCUUGGACAACAUGCAGCGGAUGUCUUUGAGAAUGCCGAUCAGAGCACGUCAUACAUGCGUCCGUUCUGGCAAUGGCGGCCUGGUGCACCCCGAAGAAAUGGCCUCGAGGAAGGACCUGAUGGGCCUCGAAACAUUUCCAAGCUUUUCCCUUAA